CGCAAUGCGUAUUUUGUGCUGAACGUGUUCAGUGUGCACAUAAAACCAUCGAUGUUCCGUGUGUGAAUGUUCAAUGCUUCCAUGCAAGGCGCGGGGGCGGCGGGACCGGUCGACGGUCGCACGCCCGACCCGCCGACCUUACGUACCGUUCACUGUACGCAACACAGUUCUUGUGGUUCUAAGUGCAUCUCCCAAUCAAGAAUGCAUGAGACAACUGUGGUGCUAAAAUAUUGGAACUUUCUGUAAGAUAGGAUACCUACAUGGCUACUGUGUGAGUUACCGGAUGAUGUAAGACAUGUUGGCGCACAUCGCUGGGGCCGGCAGAGCUCGGAGAAGGAAGCAGCGGCGUUACGUCUAGCAUGGCGGAAACCGCCUCUUUACCACAAAGUCCAGAAUAUAUUUGUAAACGAAGACGGUUAUCACGUUUGCUUGAUAAGCUGACUGUACAAAUACGAAACAAUAAUCACUAUCCACAAUCACAUUGGCUUAUGCUGGAUACUCCUUGUUUCGAGACGAAGACGUGUGAAGACGCACCUCUCGAUUUGUCUUUAAAAUCGGAGACACCAAAAGCUGCUCAAGAAAUAUCUCGGUACACAUGUGAUACUUGCGGUCAGACUUUCGCCGUACACGAUCGUCUGGCCAAACACGUUGCGUCUCGGCACAGGGACAGGGCAGUGGACGUCGUGCGUGCUUACGAGUGUGAGAUAUGUCGUCGACGUUUCGCUCGCUCCGACAUGCUGACGCGGCACGCACGUUUGCACAGUGGUGUUAAGCCGUACUCUUGCUCGGCUUGCGGACAAGUGUUUUCUCGCUCCGACCAUCUGGCGACUCAUCAACGGACACAUACAGGUGAGAAGCCAUAUCGAUGCCCGGCGUGCCCUUAUGCUGCGUGUCGCCGUGACAUGAUCACCAGGCACAUGAGAACGCACACGCGGCGACCGACUCCCACAGAGAUUUGAGACUCUUGCAAUCGAGAAUGAGGUGCGCUUCAGACUAUGAUUAAAAAUAAUCACUUUGUGGCAUUCUCAUUUUAGAUAUUAUUAUAACUGUGUUAUUCGUGUUUAAACUUUGAAUAGUAAGACAUACUCCUAAGUACCUACCUACUUGUUCCUUAGAAUAGAUAACUGUUUGCUGUUUGAAUAUUUUUAAGUCGUGUUUUCACUUAUUCAUUAAUGAUUAUUACUUAAUUGUAGUUAGGUAUAUUAUUAUUAAUUGUUUACUUUUUUAGUCAAGUAAGAACGCAGGGAAGGACCAUGCACCUUGCGACUAGGGUGGAUACAUUCCAUCAUCUGCAAAAUAGGUACUUCUAGGUACAACUCACUGACUAUUUCCGAAAACUCAGGAAUAAAGCUUACAAAAUUGAAAUUUCAAAGACGCUAGGGCGUCAGCUAAGAAAUGGUUUUGGGAAAAGCCACCCCUAAGAAAGUCGUCCCCUUAGUUUGAAGUUAGAAACAGGAAAAUCGGCAUUUACUUAAGUUAUUUAUUAGUUAGAAGUAAUAAAAACCUGUCUAUGCUGUUUUAGUUUGUUAAAAUAGGGGAUUAAUAUUUUGUUUGAGAAAAUUUUAUUUACCUAUUGCUAUUAAGUGGUAACUUGUUUAGAAGAUAGGUUAAUUUUAGGGCGCAGGACCUAGGUAUCAGCUAAGAAAGGAUUUUACAAAAAUCCACGCCCUAAUAAAAUAAUUUUAUGAACGUGACAUGAACCUUUUAGUGAUAGACCUUAUAAGUACUUACAGAGGGAAAAUGUUUUGACUGGGGUCUCUCCGUCACUUACUCCAUACAAUAGUAGUCCCAAUUUCAUUUGAAUAUUAAGCAACCAAAGUCCAUGAAAUCUUGCAGAAAUAUUCUA